UCCCCGGGUGGAUCCCAGCCAGGGCUCCCUAGCCCCGCAGCUGGGAUCGAAGGGGCGGCGGGACGGAGUUCGUUCGCCGGGCUCUCUCUCCUCGCUGGUGGUGGGCGCGGGCAAGAAGCAACAACACCCCGGCGGCGUUGCUCCUGUUUCUCCCCCCGCCCUCCUCUUUUGGUUUUUGGCUGCCUCCCAUGAUCUUAGGCGGGGCGAUGGCGAAGAUCAGGGUGGCUUACGAGUACACCGAAGCCGAAGACAAAAGCAUCCGGCUGGGCUUGUUCCUGAUCGUCUCCGGCGUCGUGUCGCUCUUCAUCCUGGGCUUCUGCUGGCUCAACCCGGCCCUGCAGGACUUGCAAGGCAAAGCGGCCAACUGCACGGUGGUGUCGGUGCAGCAGAUCGGCGAGCUCUUCGAGUGCACCUUCACGUGCGGCGCCGAUUGCAAGGGCACCUCCCUGUACCCCUGCCUCCAGAUCUACGUCAACAACUCCGAGUCCGACGCCCGGGCGCUGCUACACCAGGAUGAGCACGAGCUCCUCGCCAACCCCAAGUGUUCAUAUAUCCCUCCCUGCAAAAGAGAAAACCAGAAGAACUCUGAAAGUGUAAAGCUCUGGCAGGUUUACUGGGAAGAUGAAGUUGGCUCUCAGCCUUUCACGUGCUACUUUAAUCAACACCUCAGACCAGACGACGUACUCUUACGACGCACGCACGAUGAGUCGGUUCUUUUGCACUGCUUCCUUUGGCCGGUGGUUACCUUCCUGGUAGGGGCCCUCAUUGUGGUCCUCACCAUAUGCGCAAAGAGUUUAGCUGUCAGAGCAGAAGCAAUCAAGAAGAGGAAGCAUUCCUAAGUGGAGGAAUUUCCUUGAAGGAAAGCUGAGGAAUUGUAUAAGGAGGACAGUCAGAAGUGCCAAGUGCAAUCGAAAGGCACUCCUAUGGUGCUUCCUAGCAAUGCCCGUUCCCAGUGUAUUGCCAGCUGUUGGUUUUGCUGAUGCCUGAAGAUUAAUCUUAGGUGACCACGCUGUGAAUUGUUAACUUGCUGCUUCUGCCACUGUGAAAGCAAAAUCUGUCUAUUCCAAAAUAAUAAUAAUGAUAAUGAUCCUAAGCUGCACCAAACUGGCUGUACUGCAUUUUAUGAAAUCUGAAUGAUGGCUCUUCGCUCCAGGCCUUUGGAUGGACUGAAGGACAGUUCCCCUCCCCCGAAACCCCCCAAAGUGUGGUUGACUUCAUCUUAGCAAAAUGGUCUUUCUUACCAUUAUUAUUUAGUAUAUUGAAUAUUUGUUAUUUCUU